AACUCAGGCUCGGCUCAACAGCAAUUGCCCGCACCGCGCCGGAGCUCUCUGGCCUCCGGCAACUUCGCCCAUCGAUUUCGCCGGCGCCCACCGACGCUUCUUCUCCCACCUCCCACGAUUCAAUUGAGUGGGUCGACCGGGGAAGCUUAGCUGAGGGCGGAUACAGACGAUGUGUGAUGUUGAGGAGAUUCCCCGGCUGGUCAAUCCUGAGAAGAGGCCAUGUUUGGAUGGCCAGACACAACUGCAUUCCCCAACAUCGGUGGCAGCCGCGGUAUCCAAGGUUCUCAACGAUGACAACCUUCUCAGGGAGAUCAUCGUCCGUGUCGGCUUUCCCACAACCCUUGUCCGUGCGGCCGUCGUGUGCAAGCGCUGGCUCUACCACAUCUCCGACCGCAAGUUCCUCAGCCGUUUCCGCAAGCUUAACCCACCUCGCCUCCUAGGCACCUACAUCGACAACUGGCCAGUCUCAAAGCAGGAAACCACUCUGCACUUUGUCCCGAUGCUGCCUCAGCCCCCGGAGCUUGCUGCCGUGGUCCGCCGCGUGGCGAGCAACAACAUCGGCGCUCACAAGCAACUAUGGAUCCUGGACUGCCGGAAUGGCAGCAUCUUCGCCAAGCGUUGUGAAGGAGGAGUGAUUGCACAUGAAGUGCACCGCCUGCUGUGCCCUGAGCCAGGCAUGUGCAUCAUACCACCACCCCCAACUGCCCAGGACCCAAUCCAACUAGUUUUCGCUAGAAUCCUCUCCAAAGAAGAAAAUGGCAGCUUGUCCUACCUCCACGUGUUGGCGGAGUGGAUCACGGGGACAACAAAUCUUAUGGUGUGUGUAUAUAUGUUGCAAGAUGGUGUCUGGCGCAUGCAUACCUCGGUCACAGAGCAGAUUCCUGAUCCAGUGUGGUCACCAAAACCUACGCUCGCCGGGAAUAAAAUCUAUAUGGCUGGCCAGUUCAUUGACUAUAUUAUUGUCUUGGAUUUGACGGACUCAAGUUUAUCAAGAAUUCUGCUCCCACAUGGAGUUACGUAUCGCUGGUUUAGCACUGCCCUGUCACAGGCUGAUGAUACUUCCAGUGUAUAUCUCACCCAUCUACAUGUCAGUGAGCUUCAACUUCACAUCUGGCUCCACAAAGGGGACAACUGGUUACUGGUCCAUACCAUCUAUUUGCAUAAAUUGUUGGCUAAUACGGGGAUGCUAGAUCACACGCUUGAGGAUGAUGAGGAUAUUGAUUUUCCCUAUAUAUGCCAGGUGGGGGAUAAUGCUGAGUUUGUGAUCUUGCAAAUGUGUGGAUACGCACUCUAUCUAGAUGUCAAGAGCAAGACACUGUGUAAAGUGGAUGGGAGUGCAGGAAAUGCUCGAUAUUACAGUAAGAUCUAUCCUUUUAUGAUGACCUGGCCUCCCAUAUUCCCUGCGCUCAAGGAUGAUCCUGCAGGAAUGUCAUCAUGUGAAGAAGUAUAACAGGAAGCUUUUGGAUGGUCAGCAACAACGGCAUCGCCAAGGAAGACUCUUCGACUACCAAAAAGGCAAGUGACACACCAAUCAUAAAAGUCC